AUGGUGUUACCAGAGAAGGUGUUGGAAGCUUGGGAAGCUUGCGAUCGGACAGAUACGCUCUUCGUCCUUGUGUGCUCAGUCUUCUGCUGGGGAAUCAUUCCAGCAGUAGGCAUUGCAUACAGCGGCUACUGCACACGUUCAAACGCCCUUGCAGCUGUCAUGCCCUCCAUUCUCGCCGUAACAGUCUGCACGAUCCAGUGGUUUGUAGUUGGUUACACUCUCGCAUACGGCGAAGGAGGUGCUGUGUUUGGAGACUUUACCUACGCUUUCCAUCGAGGCGUACUUGCCGAACCCGUUGGAACGAUACCAGCUGUGCUUUUCAGCUUCUUCCAGCUUGUUUUCCAAGCUACAGUCUGCGCAAUCGCAGUAGGUGGAGCAUGCGAAAGAGGACGGCUUGUUCCACUGGUUCCAUUCAUUGCGCUCUGGUCAACAUUUGUUUACGACCCUCUCGCCCACAUGGUCUGGGGCGGUGGUUUCUUGCAAGAUCUCGGAGUCCUCGACUUCGCUGGGGGCACACCCGUGCACAUCAAUUCCGGAGCCACCGCGACCGCAAUGUCGAUCUACCUGUCCUACCCGCUCUUUCGAUCGCGAAGAUCCAGUACUCGAACACCUUCCCAUCUCGUAAUCCACCGGCCCGUGAACUCAAUAUGCCAGCUUCUCGCCAUGAUUAGUAUCUGGGGCUCCUGGCUCGCGUUCGACGCUGGUACGGUCCUGGCAUUCAAUUUCAAGAGCGUGAUGGCUCUUUGCGUCACCAAUCUCUGCGCGGCCAGUGGUGCGCUGACGUGGAUGCUGAUCACGUACGCGGAGGUGGGGAGAUGGAGUCUGGAUUCCUGCUUUAUGGGUGCGAUCAGUGGUUUGAUCAUGAUCACCCCCUCAGCUGGGUUCAUUGAUACACCAACUGCAUUCUUCUUUGGCAUACUUGGUGCUGUUGUAUGUAGGCAGGCGUUGAGAAUCAAGUUCACAGACUUUGCGCGACGCUGGCGAUGGGUCGAUAACGGUGAUACGUUUGCUACGCAUUGUAUUGGUGGAAUUCUUGCAACAAUUGCAACUGGAUGCUUCGCACGCAAAGAGGUUGCUGGCUAUGACGGUGUCACGGAAAUUGUUGGGGGCGUAUUCUUUGAUGGCAACAUUCGACAACUCGGCGUUCAGAUUGUUGAGGCAUUGGUGGGUUUUGUGUGGAGCUUCGUCGGUAGCUACGUGAUUUAUGCGCUGAUUGACUGUGUGCCGGGCUUCGAGGUAUUGGCCGAGGACAAGGACAUUAUUUCUGGAUUGGACGCAAGCCAAUUAGACGAGGAGACACUGUGGACAGAGACGCAGAAGUAUUAUCCUUUUGCAGAUAGGGAGGGAGAUGUGCACUUGGAUUGA